GAGAAACCCCCGUCAGCUCCAUAGUAGCAGUGAGGGAAAGAGCGCGACAAUGUCAGGCUUCUCUUUCGCAUCGUCAUCCUCUCAAUCCUCCUCCUCCUCCUCCUCCUCACCCUUCUCAUUUGGAUCCUCCGCUCCCUCAUUCGGACCCACAACCAGUGCUUCCUUAUUCUCUUUCGGGUCCUCCUCUUUUGCUGCCGCUAACCCUAGCUCCGCAUCCUCUUCUUCCUCCCCAUUAUCAUUUUCCUUUAACACUUCGUCAAACUCUAACCCUAGCUCAGCUCCUACCGCCUCUUCAUUUGGUUUUGGAUUCUCCUCCUCCUCCUCCUCCUCUUCUUCUUCUUCCGGCCCUGCCUUAUCCUUGUCUUUUGGUUCAGCUCCUGCUGCUACUACUACCACUCCGUCCCUCUUUGGUUCUGUGCCUAUUUCCACCUCAUCACCGUUUGGGCAAGCUGCUUCACCUGCAGGUUCUGGUUCAAACCUGUUUGGGGCAGUUUCAGCCGCGGCUAGUUCUGCUUCUUCCUUGUUUGGGACUGUUUCUUCUGCGGCAAGUUCUGGUUCACCUCUGCUUGGCACAGCGUCUGCCAGCACCGGCACGUCUGUAUUUGGCGGGAGUACGUCAUCAUCAUUGUUUGGAACAAGCAUUUCACCACAAUUCGGAACAACCUCAUCAGCAGCCAGUUCUGUUUCGACCCAGUUUGGCACAACUUUGUCUAUAACAAGUUCUCCUUCGCCCCCUUUUGGCACAACUUCUUCAUCAGCGGCGAGUUCUGCCCCGUCAUUGUUUGGAGCAACUUCGCCUGCAGUCAGUUCUGGGCCAUCUCCAUUUGGUAUAUCCUCAUCCACUGCAAGUUCAGGUUCAUUCUUGUUUGGGACGUCUUCAUCCGGAACAGGAACAAGUUCUGGACCGUCCCUUUUUGGCUCAUCUGGCGCUUCAAAUACCACUGGUACAUCUAACUUGUUUGCCUCUUCCGCAAAUGCUUUAUCAUCUUCUUCAGCUUCAACAACUUCAUUCUCAUCUAAUUUGUUCUCUGCAACUCCUUCAAAUUCAAGCCCCGGUUUGUCUUUCUCCAGCACUCCACCAGGAUUUUCCUUUCCAAAAAGCACUCCAAGUGUAACAUCAACUACCACUGUGUCUUCAUCAGCCGCUCCUUCUCUGACGCAAUCUUCAGCAGCUAGCGUUUCAAGCUUCUCUUUUGGGACACCAUCUUCUGCAUCUUCGGCGAGUGCUUCUGGCUUCUCGUUUUUGACACCGUCUUCUGCAUCGUCCCAAUCUUCCUUCAGCUUUAGCAAUGCAGCGUAUUCAUCUGCUCCAGCAACUUCCACCACUGUUGCUGCAAAACCAACAUCUCCUUCGCCAUUGUUUUCUACAGUCACAACCACAAAUUCUUUGACUCCAGCUGCUGGUAGUACAGUGGCUUCUUCUUCUGCUACCACUUCAACGCUUUCUUUGCCUGCAUUUACUGCAUUUAGUGUGAGUUCGUCUUCUUCUGCAACUACAGCUAGCACAGCUGCUUCUUCUGGAACUACUAAUUCCUUCACGGGUAUUGGAACAGCCAAUACAACUGCCUCAUCAGCGAAUGCUGCUUUUACUGGAUUUCCCUUGUCAAACAAAACAUCAGUGCCUGCCUCAACGUCACAAGCUCAAUCGACUGCUGCUGCACCCUUAUUCAGUAUUCCUACUUCUACUUCUGCAGCAGCAACAGCAACUAGUUCAAGUACUACAACAGCUCAGACGACACUGUCUCUUGCUGUGGCUUCCAGUAGUGGGACAAGUUCAAGUGUUAGUGCUGCUGUAUCUGCUACACCGAAGUUACCAUCUGAGAUUACAGGGAAGACUGUUGAGGAGAUAAUCAAAGACUGGAAUGCUGAGCUACAAGAGCGUACUGGGAAAUUUCGGAAACAAGCUGCUGCAAUAGCUGAAUGGGAUAAGAGGAUCUUGCAAAAUCGUGAUGUUCUUCUUAGGCUUGAGAUUGAAGUGGCAAAAGUGGUUGAGACACAAGCUAGUUUGGAACGACAGUUGGAAUUAAUUGAGACCCAUCAACAGGAGGUUGAUAAGGCAUUGCAGAGCAUGGAAGAAGAAGCUGAGCGCAUUUAUAAGGACGAGCGUGGGUUACUUCUUGAUGAUGAAGCUGCAUCAACACGAGAUGCAAUGUACGAACAGGCUGAGCUUAUAGAGAGGGAUUUAGAGCAUAUGACGGAGCAGGUCAAAUCUGUUAUUGACACCCUGAAUUCCAGCCAGGGUGGUGAACUAGAUACGAUUGAUAGGAUGACUCCAUUGGAUGUGGUUGUCCGAAUACUAAACAAUCAGCUAAGUUCUUUGAUGUGGAUUGAUGAGAAGGCUGAAGAAUUCUCUUCGCGUAUCCAGAAGCUUGCUACCCAAGGUUCUGCAGCAGAGGAUCUGUUGGGUCCAAAAUUUUGGAUGUGAUCCUCCAUAAGUUUGCUUUUUUCUUCAUAUUUCUUUUUGUUCUCUUUAAUCAUGUACAAUGAGAAUGCCCAUUUUGACAUUUUCGGCGUCAAUUGUGAUGCUCAUUUAUAGAUUUUCUUUACUUUCAUGUUCAGAUAUUUUCAAACAAAGUAAAAUUAUAUUAUUUUUAUUUCCUCA